AGAUUUGGGUUAUUGAAGUCUAGAUCGCGUUAUACCCUAUUCGAUGAUUUCGAAUAUAAGCAGAGCGAACUUUUUCUUGGUCACGAUAUCGGCCAUGACAUCUUGGCGACAUGGCUUAUCGUUUCCCCUUCUUCGGUCCUUUCAACAUCACUGCGCUUGCAACGAUGCGUCCUCAGCUGUAGAUGCUUAGACCGCUUGGUUUAUCCGAAACGACCGCGACAUUGCAAAGUGUCUUUUUUUUUUUUUCCCUCUUCUUGCCUUUUUUUUUUAUCUGUGUUUUAUUUUAGGACAUGGCGAUGGACUUUUUUCUUAUUGUACCGUUGUUUGAACGGACAACAUAAUAGGCAACCAAAACAGGAGAGCAGUGCCGCGUGGGAUGCUCAAGUGUAGGUGGAAUAAUAUAUCCUUCAGAGGAUCUGUUCUGGUUACUGUCUUAUUUUGUUUAUAUCUGCAUGUUAUUUUGUUUCUUUAUGGUGGAUGCCGGUGAGAUAGAAAGGCAGUCCCAUUAUGAGUGCAUGGAGAGCAGUGCUCUCACGCAUUCGUCUCGGGACAGUCGAGUUGGUUGCUGAAAAGAUGCUAGAUAGAAAAGAGGUGGACCCUGCGGUCAUACCUGGAGGGCACGAUGGCCCAUCUGGUUGGAAGAGUUUAGACAGCCUUGGCCUGAGGCUAUUUAUGUGCAAUGACUACCCAAUUACUACCCUUCAAGCUCUGUCUUUUCUUCUACGUGCAGCGAAUACGAAUAGCAGAUGCCGGAGCAGAGCCGUUAGUUGCAGUCUCGGCUUUGCAGACCCCUGCCCUGAGGAGGGACCAAUAGAUUUGGGCGCAGGCUUUGGCCGAUCAGAAAAUGAAGCGGUGUUAGCGUCUUGUUCCCGGAUUGAGCAGCAGUGGAGUGAUAAGCCGCAUCUGGCAGAGCAGACAGGGGACAAGACCGGAUUUUGCAGAUGCGCCUGAAGGCAGCCUUGCAGCUUUUAUAAGGACGGAACAGUCGGUAAGAGGUUUUGUUGAGAGGCUAGGCAUGGAUAUGGGACAUGGGUGCUAUGGAAGCUUCAAGAACGACCAUUUGUAUGAGAUGGGUGCUCGAAGCUUCUGCUAGGUAUCGUUGCUGCCUGAAUGAAAGAGAGAAGACAGAAGAGGUGAUGGAUGAUGAGCGUUUACGAGAGUGCUAUAAGCCAUUUCGGUUUAUAGACACCCAGAGAAUCUCUCUUCUGCCCUGCUUUCUCCGACUCCUUGUUCCUGCAUGGAAUCCUUCUCGGCUGCAUAUCCCACUGGCUGACUGGGUAGCACUGCGCGAUACUCGCACACACUCACAGCGAUCCGGCUGCUGUCAAAAUUCGUGAUGGACGCCGCCAGCUUCCUACUCCAAACUAGCAUCUGGCUCGGCGCGCGGGUACCUGGAACCGGCGCCUCUGCGUCUGCGAUCUGCGAGAUUCUGGCGCCAUGGCUGGGGGACUUGGUGUUGCAGUGGCGUGAACCUUUUGAGAAAUUUUUCUCAUCAUUUUUUCCAAACAGCACAGUAUGGUUACAAAAUAUGAGUUGGAAAGUGCACAUCGAUUCAUUUUUUCUGGGGAAGAUGUAAUUAUGGAGCGACGCGAGUCGUUUUUUCUUCCCUCUUCUACGACGGUCCGAAGAGAAAUACUGGAGACUUUGCUUGCUAUACGAACGUUAUUGGCGCGGAGGACAACCAACUUUUUUUCAGCGUGGGUACAAGCCACUAAAACGGUUUUGUUUCACCGUUGCAAAGGUUAAUGCCUUU